CGUACCGGUGUAUGGUUACAGUCUACUUGCAAUUGCGCUUGCCCAUAUAUUUUUAAUUUUUCCAAAUCAAUUUUGAUUUUCGUUUUCGUUUUAAUAUAUUUGUCUUUUUAUUUCUCUAUAAUAUUUUGCAUUCACAGAAACUACGUUGUUUUUUAAAUUAUAGCAUUUAUCCUAUAAUAUUGGGAUUGAGAAAAUACUACAGAGGAACUACGUUCAGAGUUCGCAAGAAGCAGCACCGAAACUCCGAACGAUCUUAUUUUACGAUAUGUCAAAGAUGAAGGAAGUACCAGCUAACACGUCAUUAAAGUCAUUCAAAAAUCAAGCAAAGAGUGAAGUUGCACAUCUAAAUGGUAUCGAUUACUUCGAUCCAUUCCUCGAGAGAAACUUGGAACACCCAACCACCAACGGUGAGACCCUGACUCAUUUACUCAAAGCAUCUCUAGGAACUGGCAUCCUUGCCAUGCCGUUAGCUUUCCAGUGUUCAGGACUUAUAACUGGCUUAUUUGCAACAAUGGUCGUGUCAUUCGUGUGCACGUAUUGCUCGUAUCUACUGGUGAAAUGCGCUCACACGCUUUACAGGAGGACAAAAGUGUCAUCCAUGAGUUACGCGGAUGUGGCUGAAGUGGCRUUUGCMAACGGACCCACAUGGUCUCAAAAGUUCUCGUCACUUACCCGACAGUCUGUGCUCUGGCUGUUAUUCGUCACAUACUUCGGAACAUGCAGCGUGUACACAGUGAUAAUCGCCUCAAACUUUGAACAGCUGUUCACAUACCACAUGGGUUACGAGCUGAAUCUCCGAUACUUUAUUGCGAUGCUGCUCAUACCGCUUAUACUGCUCAGCUACGUGCCUAAUCUCAAGUACUUGGCGCCCGUAUCUAUGGUGGCCAACCUGUUGAUGGCCACCGGCCUGGGCAUCACAUUUUAUUAUACAUUGUGUGAUAUACCCAACAUUUCAGAAAGACCGGCUAUGGGGACACUUGAAACAUUCCCAACAUUUUUCUGUCUCACCGUAUUUGCCAUGGAAGCCAUUGGAGUGGUAAUGCCGUUGGAAAACAACAUGAAAACGCCUAGAAACUUUUUGGGAGUUUUUGGAGUGCUGAACGUCGGCAUGGGCGGUGUGACCAUUGUGUACAUUCUGCUAGGUUUCUUUGGUUACUUGAAAUACGGUGAAGCAACGAAAUCAAGUAUAACGUUAAACCUUCCUACCGAAGAUGUUGCUGCACAGAUGGCUAAAAUAUGCAUCAGUUUAGCCGUGUUCUGUACAUACGGUCUACAGUUUUUCGUAUGUUUGGAAAUCGCGUGGACCAAAAUCCAAGAAAACUUUGAAAAAGCUACAAUUUUCCACAACUAUGUCUUGAGAACGGUUCUGGUGACUAUUUCAGUGGUGAUCGCGGUGGCUGUACCGACAAUUGGUCCAUUCAUCGGACUCAUCGGUGCUUUUUGUUUCUCACUGCUCGGCAUCAUUGUGCCCUUGAUCAUAGAAUUUGCCAYAUACUGGGAUGAAGUGACCGUCUGGAUGACCAUUCGGAACGCAUUACUGAUUGUCGUUGGAAUUUUGGCACUGGUCUUCGGCACAGCCAACAGCAUAGCCGAUAUAAUCGCCGCUUACGGACCAGCUCAGUCCGUCACGUGCGCCAUCAACUCCACACUGACUCAGCCUAUUGCAGAAUGACCGGAUAUCCGGGCACAUCAUCGACCACCCAGCCACACAUUUGAAUUUGAAACAUAGUAUAUCGUUAAGAUAAUUAUUUAUAUAUAUAUAUGUAUACAUAGGCGUAAUAACAGGGAUACUUUUCCAAAUGCAACCACCCCCACCUAAAAAAGGCCUAUUAUUUCUAUAUAAUACUUCGUAUACUCAAACUCAUAAUUAAAUGAAUAGUAUAAUAAAUUUACUACUUAUA